UUGUAGUCUUGUAGCCUUGUAGCCUCAGGCAGAUACUCCAUCACGAAUAGUGGUCCCACGAUGAGAGUGCAUCUCCAGUAUAUCUGCUCGAUCGAUGACCGUGGCAGAUGGUAAACAUGGUUCGGUCAUCCACAUCCGCAUCCACAUCCACAUCCACAUCCACAUCCACAUCCACAUCCACAUCCACAUCCACAUCCACAUCCACAUCCACAUCCACAUCCACGUCCACGUGCACAACAUACCCACGACGCACCGCACCCACGACUACAACACCAGCAGUCCACAAUACAUACAUACAAACUACUCAGACGAAUCACACUAUCAUCAUCACCAUCAUCAUCAUCAUACUCAUAGAAUAAUUCUUCAUCAUCGUUCUCAUCUCUCAAACUAUCCUCUGCGCACAAAGCUCAUCAUUAUACAGUACAUAACGAUCUCUGCCUUCCCGGCUUCCCCCCCCCCCCAGAGUAUCCCUCCUCCGGGGCUUCAUGGAAGGGCGUAAUUCCCCGGUGGCCGACAGCCAGGAAUGCAAGACAAUGACAUUCUGCCUCCAGACGCACCCAGGGUCUAGAGGUCUAGAGCCUGCUCGUCCGCCGGAGACUUGUCGUCGAUUGCCGGGAUAAUUUGGUUGGGGGGGUAUAUAUGCAUAUAUAUGUCAAGACUGAAAAAAA